UUGCUGUGAUUUGUCAAUAACACAACGCAUUGUCCCUAGAAGGAGGCGGCGCUAUAGGCUACAGUUUGCAAUGCAACACACCGGUGUCUGCAAAUUCUCUCCGCCGCGACUAACUUCGCUUCUUUCCUGGUUAAAGAAGCUAAGGUCGAUUCAGUUUUUGCAUCCGUAAAAAGGAAUUAAAGUCGGCUACAUCAUUUCCUCUACUUACAGUACCACCCGAGGAUAACAGGCUAAACUUUUCUCAACCAUCGCAAUGAACGACUCCAACAACAUCUUCGAUGCGCGGUGUCGUCAGAAACCUCCUCUGGCAAUUAACAUCAUAAACCAGCUGGAUAUCUUUGGGAUCAUCCUGUACUCUGUCCUGACACUGAUGGCAGCUUUGUCCAUACUGGUUUACAUUGAGGAGUGCAUCUACAUCUACAGAAAAGUCUCGACUCCAAAGAAAACCACCAUCAACUGGGUGAAUGGUGCAGCUCCGGUCAUCGCCACCAUGUCCUGUCUAGGGAUGUGGAUCCCAAGGGCCACCAUGUUCACUGAUAUGACCUCAGGAUCGUACUUUGCAAUCGUGGUGUAUAAGUUUCUAAUCAUGAUGGUGGAGGAGUGUGGGGGAGAUGAAGAGUUUCUGAAGCGCUGUGGGAAGAACACUCUCCGGAUCAGCACCGGACCCUGCUGCUGCUGCUGUCCCUGCCUACCACGUGUGGCCAUCACACGACGGACCCUCUUCCUGUUGAAGCUGGGCUCCUUCCAGUUUGCUCUGCUUAAGACGAUCCUCAGCAUCCUGUCCAUUAUUCUGUGGACCAAUGGAAACUUUGAUGUAGCUGAUAUGGCAAUUACUGGAGCGGCUAUUUGGAUUAACCCUUUUAUAGGGAUCCUGACCAUCAUCGCUCUCUGGCCUGUGGCCAUCAUGUUUAUGCACCUGCGCCUCACUCUCCGAAGCCUGAGAAUCAUCCCCAAAUACGCCAUGUACCAGCUGGUCCUUGUCUUGAGUCAGCUGCAGUCAGCCAUUAUCAACAUACUGGCGAUGAACGGCACUAUUGCUUGUGCCCCACCCUACUCUUCUCAGGCUCGUGGAUACUUGAUGAACCAGCAGUUGCUGAUCCUGGAGAUGUUUAUCAUCACGCUGGUGAACCGAUUACUAUACCGUCGCCACUAUGACCCCCUGCCUCUUGUCGACCCACACGAAAAUGACAACGACCAGAACGCCAAGACUAUCCUGCAGUCUGAGUCUGGGGAUAAUGUACUGUGAAACUAUACUGUGCUUUAAUGUACUGUGUGUGUCUGUGUGUCUGUGUGUGUGUGUGCGCGCGCCAUUCCUUUGUCCCAGAACUGUUAAAAUGACUGAUGAAAACUUGGCUGGUUUUCAAAUACCUGCUGUUGUAUUCAUUAAAUGAUGGAACCAAGA